GCCAGCUCCGCCACCGAGAUCGGCCUCCCCAUGCAGUCCUCCGACCCCUCCGACCUGAAAGCCAUGGCCGCCGCCGGCGCCUCCUCCUCCUCCUCCGGCGCCUCCGCUUCCGCUCACCACCACCACCACCAUGCCGCCGCCGCGGCGGCCUCCUCCGCCUCCUCCGCCUCCAUGGGCUUCCCGCACACCGAGGCCUCCGAACUCCUCCCCGGCGAGGAGUACACCUACCUGCUGACCCCCUUGCUCCCCUUCGAGCCGGACUACUUCGAGACCUUCGUCACGCUGUGCGACGUCCUGAUCGAUUGCUAUACCCGCCUGGUCUCGCUGGUGUACACCCCCAGUAUCUGCACCGUGGCCAUGGGCGAGAUGUUCUCCAAGGCUGAUGCGAAGAUCCGCAAGAUCAUGGUCGCGGGCAUCGUGCGCGAGUUCGAGGACUCGAGUCGCACCCAGGCCAAGACCGAGAUCGCCGGCGUGAGUCGCGUGGUCUUGGGCGGGCUGAUGGGGUAGCUAGCUAGCUAGCACCCUGGGUCUCGUUUCCGCUGCUGCGGCGGCGGCGGCGGCGGCAGCGGCGGCGGCGGCGGCGUUUUACCCCUCGUUCUCUUUUUUUCCGAAUUGUUUCUGCUUGUUCAUGUGACAAAUUUGUGGAGCUGCGGUUCCCGCCCCCGCUGUCGGGUUAUGGGAGUAUAUAGGAGUUUUUUUUUCAACCCUUUUUUUUACCUUUCUUUUUCUGUCCAUCUUGUUCAUGGGUAUGUGUGCAUAUUACUCUCCCUUUCCCCCAUUUUUCCUUCUCAGAAUAUCUGGAUGUUUUAUACAAGGGAUAUGAAUGGGUUUUCCUGUCUGAU